AUGACGGAGGGUCCACUAACCUCUGAUACUCAACGUCUCGUCGCCUGUUCUCCUCGACUGUUCUCCUCGACAACUUCCACUGCCCGAAACAUUUCUUCUUCAAGUCCCUACUCCAUUUUUCUUAUAUGUUCUUCAAACUCCAUGAUACGUCUCAAUUGUAUCGAUAUUACACACGAUCAUUUCGAACAACU